AUGAAACGGGCGACAACUUCCUUUACGGCUCGAAUGGAAAGUGAUACAGUUGAGAACUCCGAAAACGGCCGAAGUGGGCGUUAUCCGAUGGAUUACCGCGAAUUCUUGGACAAAAAGUUUGAGAAUAGCAUCGCUUAUCCGGCCUGUCCACGACCAACCCUUCUGGAAAUCCUACCGGAAGAAGUCCUAGAAGAACAUUUUAGUGGGAA